UUCAUUUUAAAGCUUAUCUUCAUCGAACUCGUUUUCGUCUUCAUAAUGCAUAGAGUUUUCCAGUUUGGUGCACCGCGACUUAAGCUUUUUAAUAAUUUAAGAUGAAGUAAUUCCUAACCGCAGCAGCAGCACGCACACACGCACACGCACACGCACACGCUCAGCGGUACGGAGACGCCACAUUUCACCUUUCCAAACCGACUGCACAGCCAGAGCCGGGGCGCUGGGUUUAACGGGUGCAGCUGAAACACAGCAGCCCGGUGGUGCCGGUACUUAGCACUACAGCACGCUGGCUCUCUGCAUGCACUGAUCACGGAACGAGGCGACAAGAAGCCAUUCCUGCAGUCGUGUCGAUUUAAACAUUUCCUGCCUUUAUUAUUGUGAUGUUAGGGGGGUGGGGGGCGCGCAAGGCUUGGGAGUUUUGCAGCACAUUUUGACUUACCGUGUGUUUGUGUGUGUGUGUGUGUGUGUGUUAGUGUUACACUCAUCCGUGAAGCACUUCUAGAAAGAAAAUCACAAAAUGCAAUUCAAGAUUUCUAAACGAUCCGAACAGCAGUAUUUCUAAACGCUGGCGCCAGUCGGAUGAUGAUGAUGAUGAGGAGGAGGAGGGAGUGGCACUUAACAAUAAAAACAACCACGUCCUCCCAGCCCAGCCAGAGAUGCACAAGCAAAGACGUCAUGACCACGCCCCCAGUUUACAUGACAUCAUUCAAACAGCCUGGAACGAGCCGCGCUGGCACCCCCCUGUCGAAUCAACGCAUCUUGCUUCUCAAAGUGGAAUGAAAGCUGCUGAAUAAUGUGACGUUAACAGAUUGAAUUGCACACCGCCUUGUAGUAGUUUUCCAUCUGCUUCACGCCAGAAAUUGAAUAAUGUGACAUUUCAAAAUCUAACAUGAAAUACUACUAUUACAGAUUCCGAUCCUGAGCACAGAGAAGCUGAUGGCCUUCAUCGCCACGCUCAGAGUGCACCCCUUCAUCAAGACCCCAGAUAAACCGAGCAGCCCACAGGAGGGGGGGCCGGUGGAGGAGAGGCUUGGAGCCUCUGUGGGGGUCUCCAUCGGGGGCGGUGCCACGGAGUCCCCCGGGACAGGGCUGCUGGUGGAACCCCUGACCAGCAGGGUCCCCGAGCAUGGCCAGCCGAGGGAGAAAGCAGCCGCGGGGGAGCCGGGAGCCGGUGCCCUGGAGGGUGUUUCCGACGGGAGCAGCCGACGCCUGGAGAGCUCGCCCCCCGCGGGGUGCGCAGAGGAGCCCCGGGGGGUCGUUUCGGAAGGGGCGCGCAGACCCAGGAGAGGGGAGAGGAGAAGGGCAGGAGGGAACUUGCUGGCGGAACGGCGCGGUGAGGCGGAAGAGGUUUGGGAUCCGGUGGGGAUCUCCAGGGGCGCGGGGAGGGCGCCCCCAGACAUCCAGACUGAGAUGAGGCACCCCAAACCCCAGCUCCCGUCACCCCGCUACAGGUGUGUGGAGUGCGGGACAGGAUUCAGAGAGGAGACGGCUCUCCAUGGACAUUACAUUCAGCACGCCAGAGGGGAACUGGGUUAGCAUUUCAAAGAAUUUAAAAAAACAGGAUGUAAACUCACAUGCUGUCAAAACUUUCUGAAUCAACAGGGGGAAAAACAAAACAUUUUUUCAACAGCUGCCGCAUCCACGAGUUUUAUGCGCCGUUGCGAAACAAACUUUCACGUGUUAUUUUGAGUUUUUUCCUGUUUUUUUGACUGCCAUCAUCUCCCUGCUAUUUCAGUCUUCUGUGUAACUGUGUUAUGAUGACUCACUCGGAUUCUGUGAACCACAAAAAUAAAUAAAUAAAUAAAUAAAACAAAAGCCUAAAUGAAAUGUGUCAAAUUACAUCAAUAUAGACAGCUGGGUUGUGAUUAUUAUUUUUCAAAGAAAAAUGCAUUUGCGGUAUCAUGGGUUAGCGCAGCGUACACUGCGCUGUGCGUGUGU